GCUUUUGGUGUUGUGACAAAAUGCAAAUUGACACAAUGAAUUAUUUGAUUGAGUUGUUUGAUGGCAAGGAUGACUUUGCUUUAUGGCAAAGCACUAUGAAGGAUGUCCUUGCCUAUCAAGGACUUGAUACAACUCUAAAAGAGAGCAAGCCUAUUGAGGUGAAGGAUAGUGAUUGGAGUACUAUACAAAAGAAGGCAACUAGUCAAAUUCAGUUGGCACUUACGUUGGAGGUCAAAUAUAAUGUCUUUUCAAAGACUACUUCAAUAGGCAUGUGGAAGAAGUCUGAAGAGAUAUAUGCUUCAAAAUUUUUAACCAAUCGACUGUGUUUAAAAAUGGAGUUGAAUCAAUUGAAGAUGGCAAAAGGCACUAAUAUUCACAAGCACUUAUUUCAUUUUAACAUAAAGGUGAUGCAAGUAGUGAAUGCCAAGGAUAUUCUAGAAAAAGAAAAGAAAGCUUUGCUUUCACUUGCAUCCUUACCUAAGUCUUACAAGUCCCUAGUGCAAAGCAUGUUGAUGGGUGAGACGACUUUGGUGAUGAAGGAUGUCACAACCAUGUUGUUGGAGGAUAAUAAGUUUCUUGAGGAGGAUGAUGGUGCCAAUCAAAAUAAUGCUUUGGUGAUGGAGCAAUCUUAGGGAAGUUUAAAUCUUAGGUGUGAUACUUUCCGUUUUCUUAAAGUAGAUAUUAAUAUUAUCAAUAUAAUUAUGACUUUAAAAAAUAAAAGAAAAAAAAAAUGAUGUAUGGCUGUGCGUGUAAAUUAAAUGUCCAUACUCCUCGCAAAGAUCAAAAGAAGCUGAAAAAGUAGACAUAAACUAACAAAGAAUUCAACUUGGACUGACUAAUCAGAGUCAUUUCCCGAGUCUAUGUUCAUUGCCUGAGGGUUUUUGUAGCCGUUAAUCUCAUCCUUA